CCCUUGUAAUGCCAGUAGUCAUUUUUAUCUCUCUUUUUCUUGUCAUGUUUUUUAACUCAGUCAUUGUUUUUUACAGGCGGGCACACAAGAUGUUAAUCUUAAUUCCGGCUACACUUAUAUUCAGUGUUUUAAAUGUUUGUUCUGCUGUAACUGUCAGAGUAUCUAUUGAUGGGCAUGCUGUUGAAGGCCAAGAAACACGAUUAGUUUGUACCGUUCAAAAAAGUAAUCCUACAAAUACUAAUGAUCCAACUAUUAGAUGGCGAGAGGUUGUCAACGGCUCACCUGUGACAAUAGUGGAGUAUCAGGAAGUACCUAGUCAUGUGCAUGUGGAUUAUGCUGAUAGAUUUAGUGUUGAAGGCGAUGGCUCUCAACUUACUCUUGUUAUUGAUAACACGAUGCGAACUGAUGAUGGCAUAUAUCAAUGUGAGGUUAACGUUCUAAAUGAUCCACCUUCACCAGUAUCUGGUGCAGUCACAAUAAGUGUUGUAUUUUUAGAUUCAAUAAUGUUAGACGUUACUCCUAAUCCUGUUGCUGAAGGUGAAUCUGUAAUGUGUGUGUGUUCAGUAAAUGCCGAACCUGAUCCAACAAUCAAUCUCUAUAAAGAUGAGGCUCUGAUCAAGACGGAAACAACAAAAAAUCUAGCAUACAAUAUAGACAAUGUGGCUAGGAGCAAUGGAGGAAACUACAAAUGUGAAGCAAGUAACAUUGCUGGUACUGAUACAUCACAAAUUAAACAAUUGGACGUUCAGUAUAAACCUGAAUUUGGACUGGUAAACGAAGACACUGCUGGUCAGAAUGAACAGUAUGUUAUUGAAUUUGAAGUUGCAGCUAAUCCUAGUGAUGUCACUUAUCAAUGGACCACUGAUCCUUCUGGAAUUGAAGACACAGACACUAACCCAGCAACUUUCACAGUCAAUGUACCAGAUGUUAACGUCACAGUGUUUACAAUAACAGUGGAUGUAGCUAACAGCAUUGGAUUGACAUCAAAGUCGAUUGAAAUAACUGUAUUAGUGCCUUCUACUAUUAAUGCACCAACAACAACAUUGACUACUAAAGUUACAUCAACAACUGGUGGUGGUGGUGCUGUUGUUGAUAAAGAUAAGUCACCCAUAGCUCCAAUACUUGGUGGUGUGAUUGGUUGUCUUAUACUGGUUGGUUUAAUAGUUGGUUUGAGCUACAAAUUUUGUUAUCCAGAUGAUAAACUCUGUUUCAGUAGAAAUGCAAAAAAAGCAAGAGGUGGUGGCUCAGAAAAAGUUGUUUUAAAUUCAAACUUUUCUGAUGUUGACAUUCAUACCUAUGCACAAGUACAAAAACCAAAGUCAGUAAAAGCUACAAAGUCAGAGCAUUCUGAACAAGCUGUAACCCAAACCAAACCCCCUGACAAACCACAGCGUGCACCCAGUAGAGACAGAGCUACUGAAAAACAACUUACUUAUGCUGAUCUAGACCUCACCAAAGAUGUCAAUACUGGAAGCAAAGACAAAAUUAUCCGCACGCAGCCGGAGACAGAAUAUUCCAGCAUCAUGAUAACCAAGAAAUAAUAAACAUAAGCAGUCAAAAAGCCAACAGUAUAGCAUAAUAAAACAAAUACGUAUUGAAAUUAAUGUGAAAACACAUUCCUGUAGGAAUUUUAGAUGUAGCAAUUUGGAUUACAGUAACUUUGAAUUCUUUUUGAUAACAAUCAAUGAACAAUUGCAAUUGUGAAUUACAUCAUUUAAUUCUGAAGUAAACUUCAUUAAACCAAAUGCUUUAAGCUUCUAGCUAUGCUUUGUGUUAUUUGUAUAUUAAAUAAUCUGUAUUUUUAUGUUUGAUCAGGGAACAGUGAAAUUACACUGUUCCCUGGUUUGAUAAUAAUUAUUACUUUUGUAUUAUUUGCAGGGUUCACUGUUCCCUGAUAUUACUCAGUGUUUUUGUAUUUGUUAAUAAUAAUUAAUAUUUUUGUAUUUUAAUAUACUCAAUGCUUUUGUAUUUAGUACAAGAUUAUUUUUCUAUUUUAAGUACUUUGUAUUUUUGUAUUGACGUGUAUAAUUGUAUUGGGUUUUGUGUAUUGCUAUAUGUUAAUGUUUGUUAAUUAGAAAAAGGGCUAUGUGUGCCUGCAUUUCAAAGAUUUUGAUGGAUAUAUUGAUUUUACUAAUUAUUCCAAUAUAUGUAAUUAAAGAUUUUUAAUUAGUAAUUUUAUACAAUAUAUUUUUUUGAUAUAAAAGAAUAAUAAAUAUUUCUUUAUAGGAUAUAGCAUAUUUCAAUAAUUUUUGAUAUUUUUUUUUAAGAGUGAAUUUCUUAUUAGUAAAAUUUUAAUUAUGCCUAAAUGGCUACCAUUUAUUAAUAAUAAUAAUAAUAAUUAUUAUUAUUAUUAUUAUUUAUUUAGCUAUGCACUUUUGAACCGGUGGCACUCAACCACAAGGGUGGUGCAUCCUAACAACAAGAAAAAAUAUAUAAAUUACAAUCAAAAAGAAAGACAUCAAAACAACAAGAUAAUGAAAUCAGCUAAAACUAAAACAUAGAGAAAAUAGUUCUAUUUUCUCUAUGACAAAAAGAACAUCAUCAGUCUCUAGAUGAUACACCUUUCUCCUGCAACAGUCGUACGGAAAACGGAAUGCCCACAAGAGCCAACUACCUGAUCGCAACAGGGCUGUUACAACCAAGAAUGCACUAAUAAGAAUAUUCAAUAUAUAUAUGUUCAAUCACAGAGAGGUGGAUAGUGGGACUUUUGUUUUUUUUUUUUAACUUUAAUUUCCCAAUUAAAUCAGUUUGAUCAAAAUAUUGUUCAAAUUUUCGAUCAUGCCAUUUGUUUUCUAUAUAUAUAUAUAUAUAUAUAUAUAUAUAUAGGAUGCACUAGUCAAUGAUUCAGUCACAUUAGUGGCACAACAUGACAAGAUGAUGAGAAUCAAAAUGUUAUACCUAGAUAAUUUGCUCAAGAUUUUUUUUUUUUUAUUACCAUUCUAUAAUUAAUAACUUUUACAUAAUAUUCUCCAAGUUUUCAGAAAGAUUAAUGUGUCGGAUAGUAACUUUGAAACAUUAUUUUCGAAAUAAGAAAUAUUAAACAUUAACACUUUGAUUUAAAAAUAUGGUAUUUUACUCAUACUUUUCUUUUGUUCGUAUGUUGUAAGUCAUAGCUUAAAUUCCAGAUAAGCCAGUUGUGGCUGGUCUUGUUUAAAUAUUGUUGAAAUAUAUAAUUAUUUACUUACUGUAUUGUCAUGAUAAUUUUAUACUGCAUACAGGUUUGAUGAAUUUUUCAAUAUGAUUAUUAUUGAUUAUUAAUGUAUAUAGAUAAAGUCAUAUUAAUUUCAUUGUAAAGCUCCUGCGCGCUUUAGUAAAUUAAUGCAUGUUGGUUACACCUAAAAAUGUGACAUGUUUUUUUAAAAAUAUGUCAUUGAAUUGCAACCUCCUUUAAUAGCCUAUAACACAUUGUAUAAUUCUUAAGUGAAGAGAGUCCUGUAACGGACCUUUUAAAACUCAGUUUAACAACAAAAAUACUAUCAUAUUUGUAUUAAAACAUUUUUUUUUAAAACCUUUGAAAUUAAACCGCAUUCCGCAUUAGGUUUUUGGAAACAGGAGAGCUUUGAGACAAACAAGUAAAUUAAUAUUACCUUAUUGAUGAUCAGGAUAUUGUAACUACAGAUUUCCAAUGAAGGAUCUGCAACAAACCACCUUUGAUAUGUGGUUGCUAAGGUUACAUACAUUAUUGAAUAAUGCAAUCUGAUUGGUAAAAUAGAUUGAUAUUAUUGACGUCUUGUAUUAUUUUUCUUAAAUAAAAAAUAGCGUAUCUAUUUUGAAAAUAUUGUUAAAUUUAUAAUAAAUUAUAAUAACAACUUUA